AUGGCUGCCUCCCUCGCCACCAAGGCUGCUGCCGUUCCCCAGCUCGCAGCCGCUAAGGCCUCCGUUUUCGGCGAUGCCAAGUCGCUGAAGACUGUCCGGGCGGUCGCCGUCAACAGGAAGGCGUCCGCCACCGUUGCCAUGGCCGGUGCUCCCUCCUUUGUGCCCGACAUGGGUCGCCGCAACCUCAUGAACCUUCUCCUCGCUGGUGCCGUCGCGGUUCCCGGCACCGCCGUUCUCGGUGGCUGGCUCUACGUGCUUGUUCCCCCCGGCUCCGGUGGCUCGGGUGGUGGACUCGUGGCGCGUGAUGCUUUUGGCCAAGAGGUCACUGCCGAGGGCUGGUUGAAGGUCCACGGCCCUGGUGACAGGACCCUUGCCGAGGGUCUUAAGGGUGACCCUACCUACCUUGUGGUUGAGAACGACGGCCAGCUCGCGCCCUAUGGUGUGAACGCCGUGUGCACUCAUCUCGGAUGCGUCGUGCCCUGGAACCCUGCCGAGAACAAGUUCAUGUGCCCCUGCCACGGUUCUCAGUAUGACAACCAGGGCAAGGUUGUUCGCGGCCCUGCUCCCCUGGUAAGUAGUGCUAGUCCUGGCAUUACCUUCCAACGGUCUGUUGUGGAACUAGUCGAUGCGUUCUUUGUUGGAUUAUCGUUCUGA